UUCAGCGCUGACCAGCACAGCUUCAAGUAUUUUGCUGAAAAUUCUGACAACAAAAAAUGCAAUAUAUAAAAAAGGGCUAAAGAAGUCGCCUGAAAUGGUAAUAAACUUUUUCAACUAAUAAGCACCCGGCAGAGGCAUGUCCAGGAAAAUGCUCAAGAUGUGGAUUCUGCAGAGACCCGUGCACUGGGUGCUUUUGAUCGCUCUGUGUGUUCUUACAUGCGGUGGAUAUUGGUUGAUCUGGUCGGAGAUUCGCCUGGAACAUGCGCUAAAGCCACUGUCCAAGCUGACUGCUGGGGGCCGCGCCCUGGCUCAAUCGCUGGUCCCUGAUCCACGCGGCUCGUCCGCGGAUGAUUUUGACUUUGAGGAGCAACUGGUGGUGCUGUACAAUCGUGUACCAAAGACGGGAUCCACCAGCUUCGUCAAUAUCGCGUACGAUCUGUGCAAGCCAAACAAGUACCAUGUACUGCAUAUCAACGUGACUGCCAAUAUGCAUGUCCUGUCUCUGCCCAACCAAAUUCAAUUUGUUCGGAAUGUUUCCAAGUGGCAUGAAAUGAAGCCAGCUCUUUACCAUGGUCACAUGGCUUAUCUGGACUUUUCCAAGUUUCAAGUCGCUCACAAGCCCAUAUAUAUUAACCUAGUUCGUAAGCCUCUGGAUAGACUUGUAUCCUACUAUUACUUCCUACGCUUCGGCGACAACUAUCGACCGAAUUUAGUACGCAAGAAGGCUGGCAAUAAAAUAACCUUCGAUGAGUGCGUGGUGCAAAAGCAACCCGACUGUGAUCCAAAGAAUAUGUGGCUGCAAAUACCCUUCUUUUGUGGCCAUGCUGCCGAGUGCUGGGAACCCGGCAGCGCUUGGGCUUUGGACCAGGCCAAGCGGAAUCUGGUCAACGAAUAUUUUCUAGUCGGAGUCACCGAGCAGAUGUACGAGUUUGUGGAUCUACUCGAAAGAUCACUGCCCAGAAUAUUUCACGGCUUUCGCGAGCACUAUCAAAAUUCAAAUAAAUCUCAUUUGCGCGUGACGUCAUCGAAGUUGCCGCCAAGCGAGUCAACCAUAAAGGCGAUUGAAAAGACAAAGAUCUGGCAGAUGGAAAACGAUCUGUAUGAGUUUGCGUUGGCCCAGUUUGAGUUCAACAAAAAAAAGCUUAUGCAGCCAGACAACAAGCACUUGCAAAAGUUUAUGUACGAAAAGAUUCGGCCAAAAUGAUUGACAAGGCACAAACGAAGUCGCAGAAACCGAACUAUGAUGACUUCACUUUCUUAGAGAUCUGACAGCUGGCAGCGCAGGAUUUUUGCAUUGUAAAUACGUAACCACCACAGUUUGAGUUUGAAUUCUACCUAAUUCAAAUUCAUAAGUGAACCUAAAGACUUUAGCAUUGAAUAUCGUUGGCAUAUUAAUCAAUCUUUUGUAUGUAGUCUAAGCAUUACCCUUGUAUAACAUCCAAAAAGGCUUUCUAGUUGAAUGUAAGCAAUAUCUAGCAACAAUUGUCUGCACAAUAUCUCUUGAUUUAGUCAAAUCUAUGUUUUAUACUCGACAAUACAAUGCAAUGAUGAAUGAAGAGAUACAUUUUUGUAGAAUCUGUAAGUGUAAGUUUAUGAAUAUCGGAUGUAGAUCUAAUAUAGAUCGAUUCUCAUUAAAUGUAAAUGACACACAACUAUAUGAUAACGAUCUAUGUGAAUCUUGACAUUUAAAUUAAAUGCAUGUAAAUAGUU